GUGUGUCACUGUGAAUGUGUUUGCAUUAUAUCUACUGGUCUACAUGGUGUAGAAAGGCUGUGUGUGUGUGUGUGUGUGUGUGUGUGUGUGAUAUCGCUGGGUGAUUUCAGAGUGUCAUGGGCUUUCAAACAUGCAACAUCUCUGUGUUCUACUUUGGGGGCUUUUCGUUUCCUGUUACUGUGGUUCCAGUGAUUCCUUUUUUGUGAGUCAGUUUCCGUCCACACUCAUGCUGAGGAAAGAAGAGCAGGUUCAGAUCAUCUGCAGCUGGAACAUCAGCAUCACCAGAGCAAAAGUGAACUGGUUUAAAGACUACCACACAGUUAUAUUUAAUCAAACCGACAAACUCAUUGCUACAGAACCCAGCGGCAGCAAUUCAACAUUAGUUAUAAACAACGCCGAUAAAAAUGAUGCAGGCGUUUAUACAUGUGUAGUUACACAAGACAUCCCUCAUCUGUUGAAGGUAACCGGAACGGGGACAAACAUCACAUACCAGGCGGAAAAUGAGCCUGUUUCUACCAUCACACCACUUUCUGCUACCUCACCCAAAACAGAACAGCCUGUUACUACUACUACUGAACCAGUUUCUACUGCCUCACCUAAUACAAUAUGGGACGCUGAAGAAGUUUAUGAGAACGGACCCGUCAUUUUUGCAAUCCGAUGUGUGCCCUUCAUCACUUUACUGCUGGCCGUCUGGUUUCUUAACAGAGACAAAAAGAAUAAACGACCAAGAGCAGGUCCAGAAAGAGCAGAAGAGCAAGACGUAGUCGUGGAGGAGGAGAAUGAACGAAAAGGACGAGAACAACCGGGACAAGAAAGAAAAGAAGAAGAGAGGGAUAAACAACUGGAACAAGGAAGAGGAGUGGAAUCUGAGAAUGAAUUAACGGCAGAGAAAAGAGGAGUGAUUGAGAGGGCUGAACAAGCAGGACAGGGAAGAGAAGUGGAAGUGGUGAAUGAAUUAACGGGACAAGAAAGAGACUUGAACAAGAGAAGUGCGGAACUGAAUGAAUGUGUUGAAUAGUUUAGGAAUUAGCCGAUUCACAUCAUAGUGCUGCUAGAAAUCACAAAUCUUUAAACCAAGACCAGAAGGAAGGUCAGAAACAACGCACUAGCUCUUUCACUGGCAGCUCAUGUGCUAGUGGAACACGUAUUGUAAACAAGGAGGGCUUCCCUCACACUCCUGUACCUGAGUUAUUGACUUAUUAAUGUUAAUGGCAAUGUCAAUUUUAUUUAUAUAGCACCAUGAAGAGCAGCAUAGGUUGACCAAAGUGCUUUACAACAAUAAUUACAGAAGCUAAAAUAGAAAUAAAAUAAUAUCAGUAAAAAAAACUAACAUUAUAACUGUUGUUACAUAACAAUCAUAUAACAAAUUUAAAACCAUCUCUACAGCUUGGAUUUGGAAAUGGUUAAGGUAGGAGCAGGUUUAAUGUGUAAAGGCAGACUAUUCUAAAGCUUAUUCCAGCCACAGCGAAAGCACCAUCACUCCUAAACUUCAAUAAGAUCUGAGAACCUGCAUCUGACCCCGGAUUCCUAACAAGCUGGGAUAUGUGAAGAAAAGAAUUUCACAGUGCUGGGAUGUAUAUGUGACAAAUAAAGGCUUCUUCAUCUUCUUCUUCUUCUAGUAGCACUUGAUCACAUGACCUCCUAGAGGGAGUGUGUACAGAUAGAAGCUCUGUAAGAUCUGAUGGAGCUAGAUUGUUCAGAGAUUUCUAAACUAGUAGGAGUGUUUUGAAAUCAGUUCUGUAGCGCACCAGUAGACAGUGUAGAGAAGCAAGAAUAGAGGUAAUGUGUUUGCACUGCCGUGUAUCUGUCAUGAGUCUGCACUAACCGUAAUUCCAGUGUACAGAGAGUUGCAAUAAUCCAGACGAGAGGAGACAAAAGCUUACUGCAGCUUACGUGUGUGCUUUACCACUACACUGCCAAUGACCAAAGAGAGACAAAGAAAGAAGCAGUGGAGAGAUUAGGAUUUGUUUAGUGUUGAGUGUUGAUUGUUUAGUGUUGAGUGUUGAGCGUUUAGCGUUGAGUGUUUAGUGUUGAGUGUUGAGCGUUGAGCGUUUAGCGUUUAGCGUUGAGCUUUUAGCGUUGAG